CGCACGGGGCUGUCCCUGAACCAAAACUCUUUUACCUAGGGCUGUCUGGUCAGUGGACAAGAGUGGGUGUAGUUACUUACCAUCGUUUCUUCUUCUGAGGGUCUUCAAGAGGGAAGGACUAGCAUGUCGUCCAUAAUCAGAAAGGUGAUCAGCACCACAAAAGCCCCGGCGGCCAUUGGUGCCUACAGCCAAGCUGUGCUAGUGGACAGGACCAUUUACAUUUCUGGACAGGUAGGCUUGGAUCCUUCCAGUGGACAGCUUGUGCCAGGAGGGGUAGUAGAAGAAGCUAAACAGGCUCUUAAAAACUUGGGUGAGAUUCUGAAAGCCGCAGGCUGUGACUUCACUAAUGUGGUGAAAACAACUGUUUUACUGGCUGACAUAAAUGACUUUGGCACCGUCAAUGAGAUCUAUAAAACAUAUUUCCAGGGUAGCCUUCCUGCCAGGGCUGCUUACCAAGUCGCUGCUUUACCCAGAGGAAGUCGAAUUGAAAUCGAAGCAAUCGCUGUCCAGGGGCCUUUCACCACUGCAUCACUAUAAGUAGCCAUGCUUAUGCUGACUCCGGAGGUUUUAGAAUGUCUUUCACACUUUAAUUUUUACAAAUAAUGCUGAGAAGUAUAAAAAUGACCAGAAUGGUUGAAGUUAUUGUGGAAAUGAUCAAAUAUGUGGAGAUUUGACAUUAAUUGGAGAUUAUUCAGUAUAGUGACUGAUGUUCUAAUUUCACUUAUGUUGCUGGGUGUGAGAGAAGAGGUGCACAGCUACUGAGAUGGGGAGCAGAAGGGAAGAUGGGCUGUUGUACAUGAGAAGUAGUAAGGAGCACAUCUACUUAAAUCAUAUUAAUUUACUCAUGUGAGGUACUUAGUUCUCGUGUUAGAAGAAACUAAAUUGAGACAUUCAGAGUCGAGUAGUACCAGGGGAACAAGCGGAGCAAAACCUUAUACAGAUAAUAUUGCUUUAAUGGAAAUAAAACAGAUGCGUAACUUUCC